AUGGAAGCCAUGGAUCUCAGUGUGGACCGUCUCACGCUGCUGGGGCGGAUGCAUGCAGUUCGGGUCAUUGUGGAAUCCCUAAAGGUCAAACCAGAAUCCACCUAUGUCCCCCAGGGCAAAAGAGUGAGCAAUGGAAAACCGCCAAGAGCAGCUUCCUCCAUCAAACGAACGUACUUUGUGGAGUUCCAAUUUCCAGUCUCUUCCAAAAACAGAACGGGAGAGAUGUCUAUGGCUGCUGAGAUCACCCGAUUGGUAUCCAGUAAGAUUGUGAAUGGAGUUGUGAAGUUUCAGCAGAGAUUUGUGUUCCCCGUCUUGUUCAGCGGUCAUAUGAUCAAACACUGGUGGAGCACGGACCUAACCUUUAAAGUCUUCUUGAGGAAAGGAACCCAACAAAAGCCUUCUGUGGUUGGUUCUGCUGCAUUCUGUCUGCGGGAUGUUCUCAGAUCUGAGGACCUUUCUGUGUCCCGCUCACUUCCAGUUCAUAGUCCAGGGGGAGGACCGGAGAUGGAAGAUGUAGGGCCUCUUAAGGUCUCUGUGGACAUUGCCGGAGACAGCCGAGAAUUUUCCAUUGUCCCUGAGAAGCCAUCAGAGGUGGCACAGGAGGCCUCAACAUCUUCUCUCAGACAGAGCAUCAGAAUUGCAGCACCUGAACACCUAUCAGACAAGGAGUCCUCUCCCGAGCUGGAGUCCAUCUACUAUAUUAAGCCGCCUAUUACACUGGCUUCCCACCACACUCCGAGAGAGGAGCCUCAGCCAGCAAUGUUCCAGGAGGCAGCUGAGGAGACCGGGUUAUUACUGCAUGUGGUUCUCAUGGUGCCAGAAGGGACAGGACUAAUCCCAGGAGCAGACUCCGCCACGUGUAACUCCUACCUCAAAUGUAAACUCUUCUCCAGUGAGGAGGCUACACGCUCCAGUGUUGUGUGGGGCAGCAGCCAGCCUGUGUACAACUUCUGUCAGGUGGCUCCUGUGACUCUGACAAGCCGACUGCUGGCAAGGAUGAAGAACAAUAUGAUGAUCAUUGAAGUGUGGAGCAAAGUGCCCAGCCCGGGAUCUGACCAGCUCAUGGGUCUCGUCAAGCUGCCUCUGCACCAGUUCUAUAUGUCCUUUAGUGACCAGAAAAUUUGCCGUCUCUUGCUCCAGGCGCAGUAUCCAGUGGUUGCCGUAGACAGCUUUGUGCCGGUUGUUGAUGUCUUCAGCGGAACUGAGCGAGGGAGGCUCAGGGUGUUACUUGCCAUGGGGUCAGGUGACCAAGUUGUGGCUCUUCAGAGGUUGAAGAAUGAUGAGGGAACUUUGUUAGCCCCUCUGCCCAGACCAGCACAUUUCCUUGACCCUCCUCAGCCAACUGCAGAGGUGUCUAGAGCUGCCGAGAGUAUGGUUGAUCAUGUGUUUGACAUCAACGUAGAGAACGUGAAGGGUCUGACCCCUCUGCAGUCUACCGUGUGGGGAGAAGCGGACUGCUAUGUGCAGUAUUACUUCCCUGUGCAAACCCCGGUCACCGGAUUAGAAGCUGAACUGCCAGAGAGAGGUAUCAGCCUGAAGCCUGUGCGGACAGCCACCACCCUGUGUGUACCAGAUCCUGCCUUUAAUGACAGGCAGAGCCACACUCUAGUGGCACCUUCAGACACCCCAGUGCAGAGGCUGCUGCUCAGCGCAUACUCCACGCAGGGCCUUUCCGGAGGAGGAGGGGUGACAUUCGAAAUGUGGUGUCGGUACUAUUACCCCAAUGUCAGAGACCAGAUGGUGGCUAAAUGCGUGCUGCCAUUGUCCCGUCUGUGUGCUAUGGUGACAAUGCAUCAUCGGGAGGAAGUGGGGAUCCAGGCAUUCUGUCUGCCACUUACACUGAGAAGUGAAAACACAGCCGAAACUCCUACUCCUUCCUCUGGUUUACUCAAUGUAAAUGUGACCUAUAGAAGAUUGGUCAGAAGUCCAGUGGGUGUAUUGGCUACACGCAUGGUCUCCAUUUCUGUUCAGAUCCAUCGAGCCACAGGGCUUCAGGCUGCUGCCAGAGUUCUCGCAGAAGAUGACCCGGCAUUUCAAUACAGCGCGGAGGUCGGGGUGAAUGCCUUUGUCAUAAUUCGCCCAUCUUUCUUACCGGAGGUGGAGAGUCGCAGCACGCGUACUGUGGCUCGCAGCUUUUGCCCUGAGUUUGACCAUCAUUCGGAGUUUCCGUGUAACAUCUUGACCCAGAGUAGCGGUGGGGAGGCGUAUAGCCUGGCAGAGAUCCUUCAUUCCUCUGAGAUUGUACUGUCCAUUCACCACCAGAGCGUCACAUCAGCUGGAGUUGGCAAAAUUCAUCCAACCCACGAUUACCAUUUGGGUGUUUUGAGAAUUCCAACAAGAGAUCUGCUUAGCAAAAGAUCAGGAAUAUCUGGCUGGUACCCCGUAAUGUUACCCGAGGAUUUCACUAUAUCUGGCACAGCGGGUGUCUUGAACAAUGUGGUUGGAGGUCUGGAGUUUUCCAUGAACUUUGCUCACCAUUCAGACAGAGAUCGAGUCCUGGAGGUGGCCCGAGGCUUAGGAUGGAAUGAUGUAGAGGAGGAAGUUGGUGGACAUGUCCGAGAUGGUUGGGAAAAGGAAGACUUGGUCAAUCUGUCUGUCACUGUUCCCAAAAUCUGGCUUCCAGUUCACUGUCUCUUGCUGGCCGGACACAAACACAUCCACAAGAGCACUUACUGCUACCUGCGGUACAAGCUGUACGAUAGAGACUCAGUCUGCUCCCACUUAAGAAAACCGACCUUAUCAGAAGAUGGCCAACAGGCCACCGUAGUGUUUGAGCAGACUAGGAAGAUAGAACUGAUGAAACAUCAACCAUUAGUGUGGUACCUACGAGAAGAGAAGUUGGAGGUCCAGAUCUGGCGCUCCUAUGGGAAAGACACUAGCGGGCCAAGACCUCAAGAUACCGACCGUCUCCUUGGUUGUGCUUAUGUGGACAUGACUGCUCUGGCAGAGACCACCUCCCGGACCCUGUCUGUUAGCGGUGUUUAUCCCCUGUUUAAGCGCAAUGUGUCCAACCUUCAAGGGGCAGCAAUAAGGGUUCACCUAUCCCUGAGCUCAGCCUAUCACCCAGCAGUCACUGCUCAUUGCACAAGCUCUUCAGAGGACCAGAGCCUCUCCCAGGAGGAAGCAACAGAGGACACCUUGGAUGAUGAUAAGAGGAAAGCAGAUUGCACCGAAAGUAAGAAAUCCUCUCCAAGGAGUGGCGGUCCACCUGCAGUCUCUGACAGUCAGCCAGUCUGUGUGGACAUGGAAAACACAUUUGCUGUGAACAUCGUUGUUGAACGUGCAAUGCAUCUCAGCUUGAAAGGAAGUCCACUGACGGAGCGACAAGUGUCCACGCCCAGCUGCUGUGUGUCAUUUCCGGUCGCUGGUAGUGCAACCCCUGUAACUACCCCAGUCAUAGAGAACAUGGCUUCUCCAACAUGGAACUUCCAGCACCAGGCAAGACUGACUAAAGAAACUUCUUCUGGACCCCCAGCAGACUCUGGUGUUCAAGGUGUGGCAUAA